CAGAUCUGUGUGAUGCUGUUAGAGCAGGGCGCCAAGCCUAACGAGGUGGACAACGAUGGCCGCAUUGCGCUCAUACAGGCCGCCCAAGAGGGUCACGUAGGGGUGGUACAGAGUCUGCUGGCCGCGGGGUCACAGGUCAACCACCGCUCACAUGACGGCAAGACGGCACUCAGGGUGGCCGCGGUGGAGGGACAUACUCAGGUGUUGGAGCUGCUCCUGUCUGCCGGCGCGGACAUGAACUACAAGGACGCGGACGGGCGGACAACUCUGUACGUGAUCGCCCUGGACGGGAGCCGCGAGAUGACCGACCUGUUACUGUCUAGAGGGGCGGAGCUGGAGGCUGUGGACGUGGAGGGGAGGACGGCGCUGCAUGUGGCCUCGUGGCAGGGCAACCUGGACGUGGUCAGGGCGCUGGUCACUCACGGGGCAAAGGUCAACUCUGUGGACAAUGACCGGCGUACAGCGGUCCAGAGCGCGUCGUGGCAGGGUCACGAGUGUGUGGUCAAGCUGCUGCUGGAGGCCGGGGCCAGAGUUGACCACACGUGUAACCAGGGGGCCACGGCGCUCUGUAUCGCCGCUCAGGAGGGUCACGAGGACGUGGUGAGGACGUUACUCAGCUACCAGGCUAACCCUAACCACGCGGACCAGUUCGGCCGCACGCCAUACAGGGUGGCCCUCAAGAGCGGACAUCUCAACGUGUGCAAGAUCCUGGAGGACUUUGGCGCCAUGGUGCCGAACGGAGCGAAGAGUCGCAGUAACUCCUCCACCUCCAGUGGGGAGAUUAAGAUGAACACCCCAGGAUCAACCACGCAGGGGACGACCGGACAGGGCUCGACCACACAGGGCUCGUCCACUCACGGCACCACAGCCGGUUCGUCUCACACGUCCAGUUACCUACACAACAUCGAGCUGACCACGGUCAUCGUCCAGCCCCCUCCCUCCACCACCUCCCCUGAGUCCUCGUUUGACCGCCGGAAGUCCUACCACUCCAACAACUCGUCCAAGUCCUCCAGCAACAUGACGUCAUCGACCAACCCCAGCAUCCACAGCGGUCAGAUGUCCGGCCUCUCCAGGCUAGACCGCGAGUGUCUCACCUUCACACAACAACUACAGCAAUGCUCCAUGGGAAAGAACCGAUCUCGUCCCAUCAGCCGGGUACUCUCGCCCGUCAGCGAACCCCAGAGCCCCGUGCACUCGCCCUGCACAACGCCCGUCAGGGACGCUACACACUCUACCACCACCACUACCACCACCACCACUGGCGGCAGCAGUAGCAAUAACAACAACAACAAAAAUAAAAACAGAAGCGCUGGAGCGCCCAGUCGACAGACCAGUUCUGACCCCCACCACACCCCGACGUCGGCGUCCGUUACAAGUGACCACAACCUCAUGUCCACAUCGCCGGUCAAGUGGGGCUCCUCUAAACAAGAGCGCAUCUCCGCCACCAUCAACAUCAUCACUAACCCUCAUGCCGACAUGAUGAGCUCUGUCGAGGAACCCGUCUGGCAGAGAAACCCAGCACACCCGAACGCCGCCCACACCACUACUACCACUACCAGCGGACAACAUCACCACCACAACCUCAGCAACUUCCCGUCCACCACCACCACCUCCAGCAGCAGCAGCAGCAGCAGCACCACGGGAUCCCACCCCCACCAGUCUCUCCCUUCCCCUAGCGCCGACUCCCCAGCUCGGAUCAUGAUGGGUCGAGCCUCACUGGGAAAACUCAGCCCAGACAUGAGGAGGAAGAGAAACGGCAUAGUGACCAACCCCAAAGUCUCACAGAACUCUGCCAAGAACAAGCUGACCUCCGCCGCCCCCACCGCCCCCACCGCCCCCACACAAUACAACAGACUGUCUCAACAAACUGCGGGGGCUGGGGAGCCAUGUGACAACCCAACCAAGGCGUCGCCUAGCAACGGCUACAACAACAUCCUGCCUGGUGACGUGAGUGAUGACGUGGAGGCUCUCCUCGCACAGCAUCUCGACCUGCAGGCUGGUGGAGGGGGUAGCGUGUUUGCCAAUGACGUCUACGCUGUCAGUGCAGGGUCUGGGUUCAAAUCUAACGGCCAGGCGGACCAGGGGCACCAUGGUGACCUGAAGGCUGUCAGGCCUAACGGUUUGCCCAUCAAGAAGGUCAACUCUCCAAA